AUGGUUCGAGCAAAUCCCACUCAGACUCCGGCCCGAGACUCGCCGCGGUCAUCGGAAUCGCCAGCGCCCGCCGGCGUGCAGGGCGACCUCGAGUCCGAACUCGUGGGCCUUGUGCAUGCGCUGUACAAUCUCGGGACUACAGUGGUCAACGACCUCGCGAAGGAGAAGGAGCGGAUGGGGGGAACCAAGCAGGUGGGAGCGCAUGUGAACGACGUGAUCGACCACCUUGCCACGAUAGACGACAUGGCUCAACAUGUGCACACCAUGAUACCUAUCCAGGUACUUCAGGACAUAGACAGCGCUCGCAACCCGCUCGUGUUGACGAGGGAGCGGAUCGAGCGCGCUGCCUCCGAGAACCAGUUCAUGAACGGGAAGAUCCAGGCGGUAGACGAAUACCGCAAACAUCUGGACGAGAUGUUGAGCCAGAAUUUUCCGGAGCUCACUCAAUAUCUGUCAGAGCCUCAG